AUGAUCAUGGACAACUACCAAUACCAGAUCCACUACCAGGACCCUUCGAAAACGAGAUGGCGGUGUCGUAUGCACCAAAAAAACCUCUGCAGGGCCAUUUUGUAUACGACAGGGAAUUGCGUGAUGAUCCACAAUGGUCACAACCACGCUCCCGUGGACAACAUCCCGUACGAUCACUUGAAGAUGCAGGUCGUCAAGAUCAUUGAUAAGAGACGACCUUGGCGUAGAUAG